AGUUGUAUUCCUCUCCAGUCCGGCUCCAAACAAAAUAAUCUUCUUUGCUCCAGUUUCUGUUGUCUUCAUAAAGCUGUUGUUUCUGAGCUCCAUAUCUCGCCUCUUCUCUAAAAGGAUCUUUCUCUCUCUCGCGCGCGCUCCCUGCUCUAUAUCAGCGUCGCAGAAACCCUAGAAGAAGAAUCACAGCAGGGAAGUCCUGAGGCCAUGCCUCCGAUAUCUUCCUGCUUUAGGGGAUGCACCGGAGGCGGCCCGCCGGCUGCGACGGUGACUGGACCGAGCAUGUCCACUUCGAUCUACGAAACCCAACUUGGUCUUGCGUCCCUGAGCUGGUCCCGUACCCUCCUCGGCCUCUCCCUCAGUGCAUCCAUCCACUUGACACCUUCCGCUUCCGACGAUUACAACAACAAUUCUCCCCUCCACUUCAAAAUUCAACCCUGGCUCUUCUGGAACCGAAAGGGAACCCGCCGUUUGCACUUCAAUAUCGCCCACCAAAGCCACACACUCUACAUCGCCUGGAACCUAACCGGAGCCCGAUUUCCCUCCGCCGGCUCCCCUGAACCGUCUUCCGGCUUCUUCAUUGCCGCCGCUGUUGACGGAGAGAUCGUCCUCGUUGCUGGCGAUAUGACCGAGGAAGCCCACCGGAAGAUGAAGGCGAAACUGCGAUCUCCAACGAUGCUGGUAUCGAGGAGGGAGCACGUGGUGCUGAAAGGGAUUGGCGGGAGGAGAAUGGGAUCUUACCGAUCGGCUGUGAGGAUCGGAGGAACUGAUCGCGCGAUCGGGAUCGAUAUCGACGGCGGAUUGUCGAUAACCUUGGAUGGGAAGAAGAUUAUCCAUGUGCGGCGGCUCCGAUGGAAGUUUCGCGGAAGCCAGCGCGUCGAAAUGAGCGAUGGUGGAGCUAGGAUCUUAAUCUCCUGGGAUUUGCACACUUGGUUCUUCCCCGUUAGGGAAAAUCCUUCCCUUGCUUCCGCAGCUAUCUUUGUCUUCUGCUUCGAGAGUGAGAAAAAGCAGGAUGUUUCAGGUAAGACGGCAAUGGAAAUCGCAGAAAACAGCGGAGGGUUAGAGAGAGAUUGGGUUUCGGGGUAUUUGAGAAGGAAUGGGAAUUGGAGUGAGAGUAGCAGCUGCGGAGGAGCAGGUGGUGUUGAGAGGGGGAAAGGGAAGAAGAAAAGCUUAUUAAAAACGUGCUCCUCGUCAUCGUCAUUUUCUUCGGCGUCGUCGGCGGCGAGCUCGUCGGUGAUAGAUUGGUGGAGUUCGGAGGAGGCGGAGAUGCGUGGCGUUGACGGUUUUACCCUUGUCGUUUACGC